AAUUGUUAUGUAAUACUUACUGAUUAGAAAAUUUUUGUUCUUUCAAAAAACUACAAAUCACAUUUAACGAUCUGCAAUCGAUUAUCUUUUGGAAAUUUUGUAAUAAUUUUUAUCUAAACGUUUUGGUGAAUCGAUUAUUCCGAUUAAAACAACAUUUGCUUCGAAUUUCACAUCGAUUAUUUAAACAUCCUUAUUUUUUUUUUCGUGGUAAUCAACUCACUGUCUAAUGGGUCUAUUUUCCAGCAAAAUUGCUCAUGCUUCAAAAAUGGCGAACUCUGCCGAAAUUCAACAAUUUAUUAAAGAUGCUAUAUCUCAAGAAAAAGUUGUAGUUUUUUCAAAAUCGUAUUGUCCUUACUGUACACUGGCGAAAGAUGUAUUCAGCAAAGUGAAGCAGCCGAUAAAAGUAUACGAGUUAGAUGAGAGAGAAGACGGCUCAGUCAUCCAAGAAAACCUUAAAAAAAUUACAGGAUUUGGAACGGUACCUCAAGUGUUUAUCAACGGCAACUGUGUCGGUGGUGGUUCUGAUGUAAAAAAUCUUUAUGAUUCCGGAAAAUUAGAACCUAUGCUCAUUGGAUAACAUCUUAUAGUCAAAUAACAGAUAUAGUACAUAAAAAUAUAAUACAAGUGUCAAAUUAUUUAAAAUAUUAAGAAUAUUUAAUUUCUAUGCAUUUUAAAGGCUGUACUGUACUUAUAUCCGAUGCAACAAAUUAGAUUUGUUAAAAUCAAAAUCUUAAUAAAAAACCAUUUUGAAUGGAACUUUUGGUAAAUUGCAAUUGCUUUUUUAUGUGUAUUCUGUUUAUUUAUAUCAUUAAAUGUUCGUUUUUAUAAAUAAAUUUUAAAUUCA